AGAAGUGAGAAGAAGAAGAAAGCAGAGUUGAGUUGAGUCCGAUGUUUCUCGUGAAAGUUGAGCCUGGAUGAGCGCCCCGAUGAAAUUUCUGCUUCUUUCUUUCAGAGUCCCUUUCGACUGUAAUGGCGGCGUUACGACCAUUGACUGUCCUGACGGGAGUAUUUAUCUUCUAUCUGCUGGGACAUCUUGACUGUGAAGGCCAAAAGGAGGUCAAAGUCAGACGAGGAGAAAAUGCCAUUCUGGAGUGUUACGGCCCCAGUGAUGCUACUGAAAUAAUGUUAAGGUGGACCAAACCUGACCUGCAGACAGAUAAUUAUGUCAUUUACUUAAAAGAUGGUCAUUUUCAGAAAGACUUCCAGCAUAAGUUGUUUAAAGGUCGGGUGGAGCUGAAGGAUUCAAAAUGGAUGACGAAUGGAAACUUCUCAGUGAUUCUCCAGAAUGUCACCUUGAACGAUUCUGGAACAUAUGAAUGUUAUGCAGCAUACAACAAUCAGGCUGCUAAGCUUUUGAACAACAUCAGCCUGAAGGUAGAAGAACCAGAUCAGACAGGAGGACAGAGUGGAGAUGGAGGGAAGGAGGAUGAAGGAGAGAAGAGUGGAUCUGUUGGACUGAUCGUUGGUCUGUCAAUUCCUGCUGUGCUUGUUGUUAUUGUUGGUGUUGGUGCUGUUUUUAUCUACAGAACAUGUAGACGUAGACAAAAUCCAGAUUACCAGCCCCUGAGGAUCAGGGGCUUUGAAAUUCCAUCAGUGGCUUCCAAACUGAACUAUCAACCAAGAGGACAAAGUGGAGGGAAGGAGGAUGAAGGAGAGAAGAGUGGAUCUGUUGGACUGAUCGUUGGUCUGUCAAUUUCUGCUGUGCUUGUUGUUGUUGUUGUUGUUGUUGCUGUUGUUGGUUUUGUGAUCUACAGAAAAUGUAGGAAUUCAAAGUACCAGUCUCCUUCUGAACAAGGACAGCAGAUGGAAAUGUCUUAAUAGCUGACCUGUGAGUCCUGCUGCUGUUCCAGGUUUUUAUCAUUACGUUUAACACUCAGAGUGACAGAUGUUCUGAGGAUAGGUAACAAUGCAAAAGCAAACUGUGUAUAAAACAGUUAAAGUGGAGGAUGGGGGAGAGAAUAGUAUUAGGGUUGGGUGAUAUGUAAAAAAUUUCCAACCGGCAAUCGUAAGUCCAAUAACCAACGGUGGGUGAUACAUUCGCGCAUGCGCAGACUUUUUGAUGGGCGUGGCCCACCAUAUCCCAGAAUUCAUAGCACGGCCCAGUUUCCUACAAUGGCGGCAGCUGCUUAGUUUUAAU